AUGGCCCGCUCAUCCGUCCCCACCCACAACGACAUCGCCGUCCCCGAGUCGGUGCUCAAGAAGCAGAAGGCUCACCAGAAGACGACCGACUCGCAAGCGGCCGAUCUGAAGAAGAAGCGUGAGGCCAACAAGCAGAAGCGCGAGACGCUCUUCAAGCGCGCCGAGAAGUACAACCAGGAGUACGUCAAGGCCCAGCGCGAUGUCAUCGAGGCAAAGCGCGCCGCCAAGAAGGACAACUCCCUCUUCGUCCCUGCCGAGAACAGGCUCGUCUUCGUUGUCCGUAUCAAGGGUAUCAACAAGAUUGACCCCAAGAAGCGCAAGACCCUCCAGCUUCUCCGUCUCCUCCAGAUCAACAACGGUAUCUUCAUCAGGCUCACCAAGGCUACCCUCGAGAUGCUGAAGAUCGUCGAGCCCUUCGUCGCCUACGGAUACCCCAACUUGAAGACCGUCCGUGAGCUCAUCUACAAGCGCGGAUAUGCCAAGGUCAACAAGCAGCGCAUUCCCAUCACCACCAACGACAUCAUCGAGGGCAGCCUCGAGAAGUUCGGCAUCUCCUCCGUCGAGGACCUCAUCCACGAGAUCUACACCGUCGGCCCCAACUUCAAGCAGGCCUCUAACUUCCUCUGGCCCUUCAAGCUGUCCUCUCCCACCGGUGGCUUCCGCACCAGGAAGUUCAAGCAUUUCAUCGAGGGUGGUGACCUUGGUAACCGCGAGGAGUUCAUCAACCAGCUCGUCAGGCAGAUGAACUAA